GUGAUGAAUGAUGCGGUAGACUCGGAUCCUGUCUCCUAAGUAAAAGCUCAUAUUUCUGCAGAGACAAGUACUAGACCUCUCUCUCGCUCUCUCUCUCUCUCUCUCUCUGAAACAGUAGUAAUUAAUUGACAUGGGAGACCAGUACGGACUGCCUGAUCUCCGGCAAUUCAUGGCCGGAAGAACUCAUUUCCCGGGCAUGACACAAUCCACUGAGCCUUUCUUUCUGCAAAGGAAUAUAGUGGCAGCACCUCCUCAGCUUCACUACGAGCCUAUAAUGGUUGGUCAUGAGGUUUUGCCUCGUGGACUUCAAGUUGGGUUUGGUCAUGAUUCAAGUACUACUGGUGCUGCCACUCCCAACAACACAGCCACUAUUACUACUACAACAAGUUCAGCUGCUACUACUACACUUUGUGGUUCGCAAAUAGAGAGUGGAUGGAUGGGAUAUGAUGCUAUUGGAAAUACUAGAUGGCCAAGGCAAGAAACUCUUACUCUUCUUGAGAUCAGAUCUCGUCUUGAUUCCAAGUUCAAAGAGACUAAUCAGAAAGGACCUUUGUGGGAUGAAGUCUCUAGGAUAAUGGCUGAGGAACAUGGAUACCAGAGGAGUGGGAAGAAAUGUAAAGAGAAAUUUGAGAACUUGUACAAGUACUACAAGAAAACUAAAGAAGGUAAAGCUGGAAGACAAGAUGGGAAGCACUAUAGGUUCUUUCGGCAGCUGGAAGCAAUCUAUGGAGAAGCAAGCAAUAAUCAUGCCUCAGUUUCAAGCAGCCUUCCUUAUCAUCAGAGCACUCGAAACAAUGUAAUUCAACAAGAAAAUCAAGAAGUUGUUCAGAACCAAAGGCUAUGUACUGAGAGCCUUAGUACUUUCUCUAACUCAUCUGAAUUUGAGACUUCCUCCUCGGAAAACAAUAAUGAUGAUGAUCUUUCCGCCAUUGCAUUCAUGAUGAAUCAAUCAAUGGAGAAGCAGAAAGUGAUGAAUGAGAGACAAAGUUACCAAAGGGCUAAGAAGAGCUGGAAAGCAAAGGUUGAGGAGUUUGUGGACUCACAAAUGAGAAAGAUAAUGGACACACAAGAGGCUUGGAUGGAUAGGAUGUUGAAGACUAUUGAAAAUAGAGAGGAAGAGAGGGUGUCUAAAGAGGAACAGUGGAGGAAACAAGAGGCAGCUCGGUUUGAUCAAGAAGUACAUGAACUUUGGGCUAAAGAGAGAGCAUGGGUUGAAGCUAGAGAUGCAGCAUUAAUGGAGGCUUUAAAGAAAUUCAUAGGGAAAGGAUUAGCUGUAUCACCAAUGGCUGUAGAAACACAAAGCCAUGAAGAAAACCAGGUUGAAACUAUUAACAAUAACAGGUGGACUGAAAUGGAGGUUUCAAGUUUAAUACAACUAAGAACUAGCUUGGAACUUCGAUUCCAAGAAAGUGGGUAUUUGGAGGAAGGUCUUUGGGAGGAGAUAGCUGCAAAAAUGGGGUCUUUGGGGUAUGAUAGAAGUAUGGUUGCUUGUAAAGAAAAAUGGGAAAGUAUCAGCAUCUAUUAUAACAAGACAAUGGAGUGUAACAAGAAGAGCAAAGAGGAUUUGGAUUUGACAACAAGCAGUAGUUAUUUUCAGCUACUUAAUUCCUAUCAAGGUCAGGAAAUUCCCAAACAUAGGCCUGAGAGCAUGGGACUUCAGCUAAUGGAUGAGGGCCUUCCACCUUCAAGUUCCAAUGUAGGCACUAAUGAGGUCCACCGUAGCUGCUUUCAAAAUGAAGAGGAGAAAUUGUGGGAGAAAUAUGGUGUGAAGCUCAAUAAGGGAAAGAACCAACAAGUUUAGCUCAAGCAAGCAAGAGCUUCAGCUCUUCAAAAAAGUACAGAUGGAUGCAACUUUUUCAGCAGGUCUUCUUAAAAAAGUUUUCUACCCCUAAAACCUUUGAGCAUUUCAAAUGACAUCAAAUACCAUUCCAUCCUCUAAAUCUAUUGCGAACACCCAAAUGCAUCAUAGAUGCUUUCACAUUCUGAUGGAUGAGGGGAAAAACAUGGAGGAGAGAUAUGGUGUGAAGCUCAGCAAGGGAAAGAAACCCCAAGUUUUGCUCAAGUAAGGAGUAAUCUAAGUAGUUUUAUUUUGUAUAUAUGUAACUUGUAUGAGAUGUUUAGAAUUAGAUUAAGUAAUUUAUGACUUGGGGACUGGUUUUGUUUGUGUAACAAAGCAAUGACUAGCGAACUAUAUGUGGAGAUUAAUGCUUAAUUGGAAAGUUUGGGUUCACAUGAAACCAAAAUUUCUAAGGGUUUCUUGAUGAUCA